AUGUGGUACAAAGCUACGCGCGCCGCCUUCGCGGCAGCUCUCCUGCUGGCGUCCAUCGCCAGCGCGCUUCCUCAUGGAGACGAAGCCAUGGACAUGGGGGGAAUGGAUAUGGGCGACAUGGAUAUGCACGCCUCCCACCCGGAGCACGAGUCGCAUGCAGACACCAGUGAUGAUUCGCCCAUGAGCUAUUUUGCUUAUGGGAAACAUUCUAGCACCAUCGUGGCCCAUAUCGCCUUGAUGGUUCUCGCUUGGUGCUUCGUCCUUCCCAUUGCUGUCAUGUUCAGCGUGGCGCGAUCGCGUUAUGCGCUGCCGUCGCAAUUCCUGUUCCUCCUGGUCAAUGCGUUUGGCUUGCUCGUCGGAAUCAUCUACAACAGCCAGACUCCGGAUCUGUACGAGAACAACGCUCACCACAAGAUCGGAUGGAUCGCUACCUGGGUCAUCAGCGCGCAGGUGAUCAUGGCCUUGAUCUUUGCCUAUGCCGGCCGAGGCGAAUCGGACUCGUCCUCGUACGAACGCGCCGCUUUUCUUCCCGUGUCGACCGACGAUGGGGCUGAAAGCCCGACUUACCCCUCUGGUAUCCGUCACGAGUACCGUUGGUCCCGCGACAGUGGCCAGGGCACGGAGAGAAGCACGGCCUCUCUCCACAGCCGCCCCGGAUCCCCAUCGUGCUCCUCCCCCUCCGAAGAAUUCGAAAGCUUUCACAAGCCAGAAGAUGAGAUUCUGGAGAAGCCCGUCGAGCGUCGAGGCUGGCUGCAGAGCACCUUUAUCGACCGGUUCCUGGCCAGCCGCGUCCCUCGGAUGGUCUCCAGCCGUGUCCUCCGCGUGCUCCAUGUCAUCUACAUCAUUAUCGACCGAAUCAUCCUGCCAUUUGGUUUCAUUUCUAUCGCCACCGGUGCUGUGACAUAUGGCGGAAUCAUGAGAGGUAGCGAGGUGUUCAAUGGUCUUGCGCACUUCAUCAAGGGUGGCAUCUUCUUUUGGUAUGGUCUUUUGACCCUGGGUCGGUUCCUCGGCUGCUGGGCCGAUUUUGGAUGGGCGUGGAACAUCAAACCAUCGAGCGCCAUUGUCGGCAAGUGGAAGUCCAAGAUUCCGACCGGAGAAUUCACCGAAUCGUUUGUGAUUUUCCUGUACGGUGCAAGCAACGUCUUCCUAGAGCAUCUGGCUGGUUGGGGUGGUGCCUGGUCGGCGACGGAUUUGGAGCAUGUGUCGAUCUCGAUCAUGUUCUUUGGCGGUGGUCUCUGCGGUAUGCUGGUGGAAUCGAAACGGGUGAAGAGCUGGUUGAACAGCACGAUCCUGCGGACCCCCUCCCAUCUCGGAACGCAUGCCUCAUCCGAUGUCGCUUGGCAGCUCCCUGACACCCAGGGGGUGUCCCUCAACCCGAUGCCCGCGCUGAUCAUUAUGCUCCUGGGUAGUAUGAUGGGCUCGCACCACCAAGACAGCAUGGUAUCUACGAUGAUCCACAAGCAGUGGGGCAACAUGUUUGUCGGAUUCGCGUUGGCCCGAGGCGCGACCUAUGUUCUGCUCUAUAUCAAGCCACCGACCUCGUAUCUGCCGUCUCGGCCCCCCACCGAGAUCAUUGCGGCGUUUUGUCUGAUCUCCGGUGGCUUGGUCUUCAUGCUGAGCACUCGUAACGUGGUCCAGACGAUCGAGUACUACGACCUCGACGCCAUGUUCACCUUCACCGUCAGCAUGGGAUUUACCGCUUUCAUCAUGGCAUUGGAAAUUCUUGCCGUUGCCAUCAAGGCCUGGGCUGUCAAGAAGGAAUCUCGGCCUCAGCUGGCUCCUUACCAAUUUCCGGCCUAA